ACUCAAUUUUUAACUAGGUCAAACACUCAAAACAUUGAACAUUGGCCAGGUAAACUUCCCUGUGCCUUCUUAGUAUACAGGGUCCAAACAUCAACUCAGGAUGGCUGCAUCAAGGAGCCCGCCAGGUGGAGGUAUAUAUGUGGCGCCACCUGGACAGAAGACAUUCCAAUAUGACGAAGGACUACCAUCACUCCCUAUACCCAAACUUGAACAAACACUGAAGAAGUACUUGGAAUCAGUGAAACCAUUUGUGACCGAAGAGGAGUUCAGACAAACAGAAUUCAUUGUGCAACAGUUUGGAAGUGGAAUUGGGAAAACACUCCACAAAAAGUUAUUAGAAAAAGCAAAUCAUUCCAGAAAUUGGCUAGAAAAAUGGUGGGAAGACUUUGCAUAUCUCUCUUGGAGGAAACCCAUAGCUCCUCUCGUAAACUUCACUGGACCAGCACCAUAUAUGGACAAAGUUUGGCCAGCAAAGUAUGGAACACAAAUUGAGAGGGCAUCGCUUGUUCUGUAUUAUAGUUUGGUCUAUUGGAAACUUCUCAGGAAGCAGCAGAUCAAGCCUGAUAUAUUUGGGAAGACCCCUUGGAGUAUGAGUCAAUAUAUGCGCAUAUUUAACGGAUGUAGGACCCCUGGGGAACACAUGGAUAAAUUGAACUUUUAUUUUAAACUAGAAGACCAAGGGCCAUGUCCUACCCACAUCAUAGUGAUAUGUAGAGGCAGGUUCUUCACAUUGAAUGUCAUUGAUGAGACUGGGGAGCCUUAUACAGCUCCUGAGCUUCAAAAGAUGCUGCAACAUGUACAUGAUAACUGCAACUCUAGGCCUGCUGGACCAGGGCUAGGGAGCCUCACUUCCGAAUAUAGGACCACAUGGUGGAGGGCAAGAGAACACUUAGUUGAAAUCCACCCUAAUAAUCUUGCCAACCUUGAGACCAUACAGACUUCCAUUAUGACAGUGUGUCUGGAUGACAGGUCUCCUGGUUAUUCAAAGUCAGAGCUCACCAUGAUAGCAGAGGAAGGUCUAUGUGGAGAUUGUACUAAUAGAUGGUUUGAUAAAACUUUCAAUAUGAUUGUCUAUGCCAAUGGUGUUGUCUCAUCAAAUAAUGAUCAUGCUCCAAUGGAUGCCAUUGUUGUACUCUUCGAGACGCAUUACUGUCUGCUGGAGAUUGAGAAAGCAGGUGGAAAGUGGAACGGGUCGACUGCAAUAAGAGAAAACCUACCAAUUGCUCAAGAACUUGUCUUCAAACUUGAUGACUACAUAUAUAAAGCAAUAGAUGAUGCCAAAGUCACCUUUUCUAAAAUGGUAGAAAACAUUGACUUUUGUGUACCGUAUUAUUCGGCUUAUGGACGAAAGUACUUACGAUCGUUAAAACUUGCGCCCGACACCCAUAUGCAAAUGGCACUUCAGUUGGCUUACUACAGAAUGCAUAACAAACCAGCCCCUACCUAUGAAACAGCAAGCACCAGGAAGUUCUACAAUGCACGUACAGAGACUAUGAGGACUUGUACAGUGGAGAUGGUAGAUUGGUGUAAGACUAUGCUUGACCCAACCCAAACAAAUGAGCAUAAACUGCAGAAAUAUCUGACUGCUUAUAACAAGCACAACCAACUUUUCUCAGAGGCCAUGGACAAUCAUGGUGUAGAUCGUCAUUUGUUUGGCCUGCAGUGCAUUGCCAUGGAAACAGGAACUCCAGAUCCUCUUCUUUUUACUGAUCCAUCUUACACUAAAAGUGGUGGAGGUGGGAACUACAUUCUCUCCACAAGUUUCGUAGGGUAUUCUGGGAUACAUGGAGGUGUUGCACCCAUGUGUAAGAAUGGAUAUGGAACCUUCUAUGGAAUGGAUCAAAACAGGUGCAAGUUCUUUAUUGUAUCCUGGGUAGAGGAUAAGGAGACCGACCCCUGGUUACUAUGGGGAAGUCUCAGUAAGGCUCUAGAUGAGAUGAAGCAGCUCCUUGACGACACCAAGUAUAGGCCAAAGCUAUAAUAAUACCUAGCAUAGGAGAACCUCAGGGCCAUCACGAGGGUAUGACUGAAUAUCCACCUAGCUCAAAAUCAAAAUGCAGCAAUUUUGUUAAUUUUUAUUUAACUGGGGAAAUAGCACCUCGUGUUAGAAAAUGCUAAGGUUGUGACCAAUCAAAUGAAUAUAUUGUAAAGGCCAAAACAUAUGUGGCCAUUUUACAAUAUGCAAUGUCAGGACACAAGAAAUGACAUUGGCAGAUUGAUUUAGCUCAAUUAGAAAUCCACACAAAUCAUGCAGUAUCAACUAAUUUAUAAAAUAUAUGUAAUCAAGUGUGAAUUGCAUUCGUAUUGUACAAAUAGGAAGUUCAUAUAAUGAUUAUAGACUCAGAUGUAUUGUUGUGAAUGACCAGACCAAUGGGGGUUUCAUUGGCAGUUAUGUGAUGCAGUCAGUGGGGUCAUUUGUCAAAGUACACUCUAUUCCAAGGUUUAUACUACA